GGCUCCCGGCGCCCUCGGAGCCAAAGGCGCGCGGCGGACACGGCGGGGCCCUCGCGCGGUGAGGACGCGUAGGCGUGUGGGCUCCUGUCACUUCACAUCGCGAACGCUGGCCGCCGCGUGGCUCUGGCCGAGUCUCGCGAGGGGCGCCCCUGUGGCGUUUCGAGCCAGCCGGGCCGCCUGCGGAGAGGGAAGCUCUGCCCUUCCCCUGGCCUGGCGCGGGGCCAGUUCUCCCGGGAAGGGGCCGGGGGUCCUCGCAGGGCCCGGCCGCGGCGUGACCCUGCCGGGGUCCGAACUUCACCGCAGGGCGGCCUGAUCAGGGCCAGGCCCGUGGGGACGCUGGCGUCACGGUGUCUUCCCCCUUCACGCCACUCCUACCAGGCCGACAUCGAGUCUCGCUCCCCAGGGAGGGUCAAGGUCCAGGGGUCCAGCGGCUGCCCCGAGGUCCGCUAGGAGGUGGCGGCACUGGAGUGGCCUUUCUCCAGCCUGCACCGACCCCGCCUUGAGUGCCCCUGCGUGUGACCAACGGUGGUACCGGAGCGGCCUUAGAGACUGACCGCUGCCUCUGAGUUGAGUCUUAAGCCCCUCGUUGGGCCUGGCCGAGCCCCCGGUCUGCGCCUUUCCCCCCGCCUGGAGACGAUGCCAAAGCUGCAGGGCUUCGAGUUCUGGAGCCGCACCCUGCGUGGCGCCCGCCACGUGGUGGCCCCCAUGGUGGACCAGAGCGAGCUGGCCUGGAGGCUGCUGAGCCGGCGCCACGGAGCCCAGCUCUGCUACACGCCCAUGCUGCACGCCCAGGUCUUCGUCCGCGACGCCAACUACCGGAAGGAGAACCUGUACUGCGAGGUGUGCCCCGAGGACCGGCCCCUCAUCGUGCAGUUCUGUGCCAAUGACCCGGAAGUGUUUGUUCAGGCGGCUCUCCUGGCUCAGGAUUACUGUGACGCCAUUGACCUGAACUUGGGCUGCCCACAGAUGAUAGCCAAGAGAGGUCACUAUGGUGCCUUCCUGCAGGAUGAGUGGGACCUGCUCCAAAGAAUGAUUUUGCUGGCCCACGAGAAACUCUCUGUUCCUGUCACGUGCAAAAUCCGUGUCUUCCCGGAGAUUGACAAGACCGUGAGGUACGCCCAGAUGCUGGAGAAGGCCGGUUGCCAGUUGCUGACGGUGCACGGGCGCACCAAGGAGCAGAAAGGGCCCCUGUCAGGUGCAGCAUCCUGGGAGCACAUCAAGGCCGUGCGGAAGGCUGUGGCCAUCCCUGUGUUUGCUAAUGGGAACAUCCAGUGCCUGCAGGAUGUGGAGCGCUGCCUCCGGGACACGGGUGUGCAGGGCGUCAUGAGCGCAGAGGGCAACCUGCACAACCCCGCUCUGUUUGAGGGCCGGAGCCCUGCAGUGUGGGAGCUGGCCGAGGAAUACCUGGACAUCGUGCGAGAGCACCCCUGCCCGCUGUCCUAUGUCCGGGCCCACCUCUUCAAGCUGUGGCACCACACGCUGCAGGUGUACCAGCAGCUGCGAGAGGAGCUGGCCAAGGUGAAGACCCUGGAGGGCAUCGCUGCCGUGAGCCAGGAGCUGAAGCUGCGGUGUCAGGAGGAGAUAUCCAGGCAGGAGGGAGCGAAGCCCACCGGCGACUUGCCCUUCCACUGGAUCUGCCAGCCCUACAUCCGGCCGGGGCCCAGGGAGGGGAGCAAGGAGAGGGCGGGUGCACGCAGCAAGCGGGCCCUGGAGGAGGAGGAGUGUGGCAUGGAAGUCCUGUCCAAGAACAAGCAGAAGAAGCAGCUGAGGAACCCCCACAAGACCUUCGACCCCUCUCUGAAGCCAAAAUAUGCAAAGUGUGACCAGUGUGGAAACCCAAAGGGCAACAGAUGUGUGUUCAGCCUGUGCCGCGGCUGCUGCAAGAAGCGAGCCUCCAAAGAGACUGCGGACUGCCCAGGUCACGGAUUGCUUUUUAAAACCAAACUGGAGAAGUCUCUGGCCUGGAAAGAGGCCCAGCCUGAGCUGCAGGAGCCUCAGCCGGCAGCACCCGGAACACCAGGUGGCUUCUCCGAAGUCAUGGGCAGUGCCCUGGCCUGAAGGCCCAGAACCCCCACCCCCAGGACUGCUGCUGGAGCCUGGACACGUCCUACUUAAGGAAACGCCUUUUACUCAGGGAAUCUCCUGCUACUUAAUGUGGAAAGACACGCCCAUGCCCCCCUUCGGCCCACUCUGGGGCCUGGAGAUGCUGCAGUGGGGAGCAGGCCCCAGGCUGGACCUGCCCUGUCCUCAGCACGCGUGUGCAAAAGCGAACAAUAAAUCAUUUCAAAGAUGC